AUGCCUGUUUCGCCGUGGUUCUACACCAAUAUGCCCGGGUACAACAAGAACUGGAUGUGGCGGGGUGACGACAUAUGGCAUGAUAGGUGGAUUCAGGUCAUCUACAACCAGCCUGAAUACGUCCAAAUCAUCUCUUGGAACGACUAUGGCGAAUCUCAUCACAUUGGUCCUCUUUACGGCCACGCUAUGGAGGCGUUCACGGUUGGAAAAGCGCCAUACAACUAUGCCAACAACAGACCUCACGAUGGCUGGCGUCAGGCUCUACCUUUCUUGAUUGACUACUACAAGACUGGCAAAGCCACUGUAUCUCAAGAGAGUCUCGUUGUCUGGUACCGUACAAGCCCAUCCAGCGCCUGCUCUGAGGGUGGCACCGUCGGCAAUACAGCAAGCCAGCUUCAAAUCGAGUUCCCUCCACAGCUUAUCAUGUUGGACAAAAUAUUUUUCUCCGCAGUACUCGCAUCGACAGCUGAGGUCACAGUCAAAGUUGGUGGCAAGACCUUCACCCCGAAAUGGUCUUCGAUUCCCGAUGGAGGUGUUGGCGUCUAUCAUGGCAGCGUGGUCCGUCUUAGUGAGACUGGCGAUGUGAACGUCCAGCUCUCCAGACCUGGGAGACUUCUAGCAAGAGUAGACGGGCCUGCCUUCAGCUCUGCGAGCUGCGACAAUGGGCGUACAAAUUGGAACCCUUGGGUUGGAAGUGCCGUCGUUGCCGGCUCCGUCUCCGCGACGAUGCCAAACUCGAGACAAGACCAAGGCUGUACAAAGGGAACUGGAGCCAAGGGCUUUGAAGAGCUGUGCGAGUUUAAUUGCAAGUACAACUAUUGCCCCGUGUCGUCUUGCUUGUGCCAGGCUGUGGGAGUGCCCAACACAAAGCCGCCAGCGCUCGAGAAGGACGGAUUCCCCGCCAAGGGGAAAAGCGAAAAUUACUCCGGACUCUGCUCGAACGCCUGUAACCUGGGAUUCUGUCCAGAAGAGUUUUGUUCUGAGACUCCUCAGACGACUAUCGUACCGACUGUCUCCGAAUUUCUUCCACCUGCCUGUAGGGCAGGCACCUCUCGAGCAGGGUAUGAACGCUUCGAGGGACUUUGUUCCUACGCCUGCAACUUCGGCUUCUGUCCUCUGCACGUUUGCCGAUGUACAACAGAGGGAGGCCUGAUAGAGCCACCAGCGCAGGUACCCGGUGCAACUGGGAAACCUGUUGGGGAUUACAAUGAUGAGAAGCUGUGCGAGUUUGCCUGCUCUCGUACCUGGUGUCCUGAGGUUUGCAAGCCAAGCGGCGACGAAGAGACGGAACCGCCAAUCGACCCCAAUGAUACCUGCCAAGCGAGCGAAAGGACCUACAGCGAACUGCCUCUUGAUCGGAAUGGCGAGUAUAUGCGCUGGUUGUUGAUGGACCCUGAGAAUGCAGCAGCGACGGGCAGGCAAUACAUCACCAUCGUCAAUCUCACGCCGCACCCUUUCAAGCUCACUUCAACACACAGCUACCAGAUGGACGAGUUCAACUGGGGCGAUAUUCCUCCAGGCAAGGCGCGUCAAAAUGUCGCGCACUACACUGGGAGAAUUGGUGCCAACAAUGUCGAUGACAACGGAGAAGCGUACUAUGACAUCGGUAACACUGGCAAAAAGUUUGUCGUACGUGCCACAACUCAUAUACCCGAUACCUACCCCAGGCGCAUCGUUUUCGACCUGAGCGGGAUGGGCAAGGGUCAGCGCGAGUACAGGGUGCCGGGCCAGGAGGUACCUGUGACUCUUGUCAUCACUGGGAGUGAUUCCUUUGGGUUCAUCACUUCACUAUCGCACGGACCGGGAAAUUGGAUGAACUCUAUCAAGGAUACGAUCCGUGACCGGACAGUGGCCAAUGUGGUGAUGCCAGGCACCCACGACGCGGGCAUGAGCAAGAUAACACAAGCCAUCGUGUCGGGAGGAAGUGAGGGCAACACACAAACUCAAAUGUUGAACAUAUACGAUCAACUGCGAGCCGGAUCUCGCUGGUUUGACUUACGUGUUUCCAGCGUUCAUCAGGCUGUCAACUGUUGCGGCAACUACGACUUCUGGACGAUGCACGUGUCUGAUGAGGUUGCGGAAGUCGUGAUUGGAAAUACGGGAGAGAACUUUGACGACGUCAUCAAGGAGAUUAAUCGAUUCACGGAUGAGAAUCCCGGCGAGGUUAUCUUUUUGCAGUUUCGCUAUCUGGUCGGUGUCCGCGAUGUGCCGAGCCUUGGACCCAUUUAUUGGGAUGAAGGUAUCAAGAACAAGUUCUUUGACAAACUCAAAAAGAUCAACAAUCGGUGCCCGGGACUUGCCAGUCGUCUGCAAACGUCGAAGAUUGGCGAUUUGAUGGACAAGAAUGACAACAAGGAAGACACGAAAGAGAUGGCGGAAUGGGCAAUAAAGAAGUGGACAGAUAAGACUGAGGGCAACUUCUACAUCGCCCAGUGGCUCAGUACACCGCAUUUCUUGACUUCGACGUUUACCUACGGCCUCCAGUCAAUUGCCGUUCUUCCUACCAAUCCAGCACUCUACUGGAAGGGCGUGAAUGAGAUCUCAGACAAAGUCUUCCCCAACGUCAUCUUGAUCGAUUACAUUGGCAUGGUGAUCAUGAAUGAGCCUGGAUGGGAUGCAUUGAGUGCUGAGUUGUAUACUUUGGCGAUUGGUCUCAACUUAUACACAAUCAGCGAAAACUGCGACAUUAGCAAGAGAAGGUCUCCUUUGCUUCCAAGUCCGAAGAAUCAGAGAAAGCCUCCGAGCCCCCUGGUGUCUCAAUUCAACGGCAUCAUUUUCGCAAAUGGGACGACUAUUGCCGACCCGCCGCUUGGCCUUCAUCCGGGUCGUGUCGAGGUUUUGAGGAACGGGACGGUUUUCAGCAACGGCACAGUCCUGGAGGAGAGUGUGCCAAACCCGGACUUCAACUCUACUUUGUUUUGA